ACUGCUAAACCAGAAGAAGAAGCACAGCCGCUUCAUUUACUUCAGCGGAAACACGAUGGCGGCGUUAGAGAGUGAAACCAACAACGGAACAGGCAAACUGGAAUUUUCUCUGGAUGUUCCCUUCCCAUCGUCUCGUGAAGCCAUCAUCGCUUUACAGUCUCUGUCACCAGAUCGAGAGCCUCGGAAAGGAGGCAUCAGUAAACAGCUCACAGUGUCAGGCAGCACACUGUCUGUGAGGUGGAGUGCAGACGAAGCUCGCAUUCUUCGUGUUUCAGUGAAUUCAUUUCUGGAUCAUCUGUCACUCGUAUUAGAAACCAUGGAGAUGUUUGGGCCUCCUGUUUCUCAAUGAUACAGGGCCUAAUUUUUCAGGACUCAUAAGUGAAUUUCACUCCACCUUCUUUUCUUCUGGGAGUUUUCAGUCCAUGAAUGACUUCUAAAAAUACCUUGGCCUGACAGAUCACAAAGAUGUUUUUUUUAACUGGUGCAGGUAAUAAUGGUUCAGCAGGUUAUUAUUUUCUAUGUAUGUCACAAUUUAUAUGCAAAAUAUUUGAAAUAAAAAGGCAUUAAUAAAUAUUUGUGUAACAGACAGAACUGGCUGAAUGGAGUCUUGACAUACACAUGUCCCCCUUUUGCUGUUUCCAAAGGAAUCCACUUCAGAGUUGUUGUAAUGUUUAAAAACAUGAAUAACAUUUAUUCCAUAAGUGUAGUGUACCUUCCAAGAAGGUUACAGAAAAAAGGAAAUAGACAAAGUAAGAAACUAUGUGACUCCAGGGCUUGUCUCCAUACUGCACUUCAGCCAAUUAACUUUUUGACUGACCAAAACAGGUGCAGUUUCUUAAAGAGACAGUAACCAAUAACUGCGGCUAUACACCACUUAACUAACAGUCAAAUCCACACAAUAAAUGACAUGUUCAUUUAUAACAAAGAUGUUAAAGCUAUGUAAAACAAAAACAGGUCAGUUCUUGUCUCAUAAAAUUUCAAAUGCCUUCGAUACAUGUAAAAUGUGACAAACUAUUAAAGGGAAUGCUUUUCUA